UUGUGCAGACAGAGAGAGGCUGGGACUUGGCUGAGGUGGCUCCUGGGCUUUGAGCUGGGCACUGCAGUGUGGGCCAGGAGGUGCCUGGGCUGCAGGGCGUUUGGAUGCAGUGCUACUUCUCAUGUGUCCUCACUUUGUGCUUCUCCCUGCCCUCUGUGCCAGGUGCACCUGUGACCCCGAGCCAUGUCCUGCUGCAAGCCCUGCGACCCUUGCUGCCAGCCCUGCGGCCCCUGCCCUCUGGCCAACAGCUGCAAUGAGUGCUGUGUCAGGCAGUGCCAGAGCUCCCACGUUGUCAUUGAGCCACCUGCUGUGCUGGUGACCCUGCCCGGGCCCAUCCUCAGCUCCUUCCCACAGAACACCGCCGUGGGAUCUUCUACCUCUGCUGCUGUUGGCAACAUCCUCAGCUGUGGCGGAGUGCCCAUCAGCUCCGGGGGCUUUGACAUCUCCUGCAUCACCAACUGCUAUGGUGGCAGCAGAUGUCGUCCCUGCUAAAUCUACUGGCAACAUACUCGGCAAAAACCUCCAUGACCUCAGGACAUGGUUCUGGGCAGGAGACAGAGCUUUGGGACAUUGUAAUUUGAGUUUCAAGCCACUGUCCCCUUCUUUUCCUCUCUCCUCUUAAUGUCUUUCUUUUGCUAUCUGUGUCACCCCUGACCAACAUGGGAGAACUUGUUGCCCUUCCCCUUCUUCC